GACGGUUCCAUGAACUUGAUCAUUUUUAACCUCUCCUACCAACUGGGGGAUAAGAAUACUACACAACACCUUUACAGACUGGCUUCAUUGGGAAUACUACAACCAUGGGCUUCCCUCUAUGCCUAUGUCUUCUCUCUUUGAUUUUCACAACUGCUUGUGGUUCAGGUUUUAGUGACGACACAGCGCUUCAUGAAAACUCUUAUGAGGAAAAGUGGAUGGCAUCUAUACCUGAUGACCAACUCCUUUCAGCUGUUACUAUUCCCGGAACUCAUGAGAGCCUAACUCUGUAUGGUGGACCUCUUAUACAGUGUCAGGCUUGGACCUUGGAGAACCAGCUGAAAGCAGGAUUGCGGUACUUUGAUUUACGUAUAGAGGCCAGUAUUUUCCACAACACCCUUGAUGUCAUGGAUGGGCAUAUAAAACAUACCAAGUUCCAUGAUGUGCUAAACAUUCUGUGGGAGUUCUUGGGCAAACAUGACAGUGAGACUGUAAUUUUGAGAGUGACACUGCAAGGGAUGAGUAUCUGGAAUGCUAGAGAAUCUAUCAAGGAUUUGAUUAAGAAAUCCAAAGAUAAUGUAUGGACAAAGACGUUGGUCCCCCACAUGCGAGACGCGAGAAGGAAGAUCGUCUUUGUGCAGAGUACCAAUUUCAAUGUCGGAACCCUUAACCAUAACACUUUCGUCACUUACGAUGGAUGGUUCAAAAACAUUGAAAACAAGAUGAAAACGAUCACAAAACAUCUGAAAGAAGCUCAAAAUAAUUGUGCUCAUACAAUUUCCUUGACUGACACAUCCGCCACAGGCUUUUUCAUAGGCCCUAAAACUGUGGCCAGAGUAGUUAAUGAUCAGCUCAAUAAGCUUUUAGGUAAACUAAAGACAGGCUCUGAUAAACCAAACUGCUUGGGGGUAAUCAGCAUGGACUUUCCCAGUCCAGACCUCAUCCAGAACAUCAUUGAGAUAAAUAGGCAACAAGGAAGAGGUUCAUCUGAACGCCUAGUAGAGCCUGAACCAGAGCGUGAACCAGCAGAGCUUGAACCAGCAGAGCAUGAAGAACCUGAACCAUCAGAGACUGAACCAGCAGAGCCUGUAGAACCUGAACCAACACAACCUGAGCCAAUAGAAGAGCCUGAACCAGAGCCGGAACCAGCAGAGCCUGAACCAGCAGAGUAUGACAAACCUGAACCAGCAGAGCCUGAACCAGCAGAGCCUGAGCCAGGAGAGCCUGAGCCAAUAGAAGAGCCUGAACCAGUAGAAGAGCCUGAACCAGCAGAGCCUGAACCAGCAGAGCCUGAACUUGCAGAACCUGAACCAGCAGAGCCUGAGCCAGUAGAGCCUGAACCAGCAGAGCCUGAACUCGCAGAACCUGAACCAGCAGAGCCUGAACCAGCAGAGCCUGAGCCCGCAGAGCCUGAACCUGCAGAACCUGAACCAGCAGAGUCUGAGCCAGUAGAGCCUGAACCAGCAGAGCCUGAACUCGCAGAACCUGAACCAGUAGAGCCUGAACCAGCAGAGCCCGAGCCAGUAGAGCCUGAGCCCGCAGAGCCUGAACCUGCAGAGCUUGGACCAGCAGAGCCUGAACCUGCAGAGCUUGGAGAAUCUGAACAAAGAGAGCCUGAACCAGCAGAGCCUGAAGAACAUGAACCAGCAGAGCUUGAGCCAGGAGAAGAGCAUGAACCAGAAGAGCCUGUACCAGUAGAUUCUGAACAUUUAGGGGAGCCUGAACCAGUAGAGCCUGAACCAGCAGAGCCUGAGCCAGUAGAGCCUGAACCAGCAGAGCCUGAACCAGCAGAGCCUGAACUCGCAGAACCUGAACCAGCAGAGCCUGAGCCAGUAGAGCCUGAUCCCGCAGAGCCUGAACCUGCAGAGCUUGGACCAGCAGAGCCUGACCCAGCAGAGCUUGAAGAAUCUGAACAAAGAGAGCCUGAACCAGCAGAGCCUGAACCCGCAGAGCCUGAAGAACCUGAACCAGCAGAGCUUGAGCCAGGAGAAGAGCAUGAACCAGCAGAGCCUGUACAAGUAGAGUCUGAACCUUCAGGGGAGCCUGAACCUGCAGAGCUUGAACCAUCAGAACCUGAACCAGCAGAACAUGAAGAACCUGAACCAGGAGAACCUGAACCAGCAGAGCCUGAACCAGCAGAGUCUGUACCAGUAGAUGCUGAACCUUCAGGGGAGCCUGAACCAGUAGCGCCUGUACCAGCAGAGCCUGAGCCAGUAGAGCCUGAACCGGCAGAGCUUGAACCAGCAGAGCAUGAAGAACCUGAACCAGGAGAACCUGAACCAGCAGAGCCUGAACCAGCAGAGCCUGAGCCAGUAGAAGAGGAUGAACCAGCAGAGCCUGUACCAGUAGAUUCGGAACCUUCAGGGGAGCCUGAACCAGUAGAGCCUGAACCAGCAGAGCCUGAGCCAGUAGAGCCUGAACCUGCAGAACCUGAGCCUGCAGAGCCUGAACCUGUAGAGAUUGGACCAGCAGAGCCUGAACCAGGAGAGCCUGAACCAGCAGAGCCUGAACCAGGAGAGCCUGAGCCAGUAGAGUCUGAGCCCGCAGAGCCUGAACCUGCAGAGCUUGGACCAGCAGAGCCUGAACCAGCAGAGCUUGAAGAAUCUGAACAAAGAGAGCCUGAACCAGCAGAGCCUGAAGAACCUGAACCAGCAGAGCUUGAGCCAGGAGAAGAGCAUGAACCAGCAGAGCCUGUACAAGUAGAGUCUGAACCUUCAGGGGAGCCUGAACCUGCAGAGCUUGAACCAUCAGAACCUGAACCAGCAGAACAUGAAGAACCUGAACCAGGAGAACCUGAACCAGCAGAGCCUGAACCAGCAGAGUCUGUACCAGUAGAUUCUGAACCUUCAGGGGAGCCUGAACCAGUAGCGCCUGCACCAGCAGAGCCUGAGCCAGUAGAGCCUGAACCUGCAGAGCUUGAACCAGCAGAGCAUGAAGAACCUGAACCAGGAGAACCUGAACCAGCAGAGCCUGAACCAGCAGAGCCUGAGCCAGUAGAAGAGGAUGAACCAGCAGAGCCUGUACCAGUAGAUUCGGAACCUUCAGGGGAGGCUGAACCAGUAGAGCCUGAACCAGCAGAGCCUGAGCCAGUAGAGCCUGAACCUGCAGAACCUGAGCCUGCAGAGCCUGAACCUGUAGAGAUUGGACCAGCAGAGCCUGAACCAGGAGAGCCUGAACCAGCAGAGCCUGAACCAGGAGAGCCUGGACCUUCAGAGCUUGGACUAGCAGAACCACAACCAGCAGAGCAUGAAGAACCUGAACCAGCAGAGCCUGAACCCGCAGAACCUGAACCCGCAGAACCUGAACCAGUACAGCCUGAACCAGCAGAGCCUGAGCCAGCAAAGCCUGAGCCACCAGAGCCUGAACCUUCGGAGCUUGGACUAGCAGAACCACAACCAGCAGAACAUGAAAAACCUGAACCAGCAGAGCCUGAACCCGCAGAACCUGAACUAGUACAGCCUGAACCAGCAGAGCCUGAGCCAGCAAAGCCUGAGCCACCAGAGCCUGAACCUUCAGAGCUUGGACUAGCAGAACCACAACCAGCAGAGCAUGAAGAACCUGAACCAGCAGAGCCCGAACCCGCAGAGCCUGAAUCAGUAGAGCCUGAGCCAGUAGAGCCUGCACCUGCAGAUUCUGAAUCAGUAAAGACUGACCCAGCAGAACCUGAGCCUAAUGCCGCAAGGCCUGAACCAGCAGAGCCUGAUCCAGUAGCACCUGAACCAAUAGAGCCUGGGGAGCCUGAACCUCCACGGGAGCCUGAACAACCUAAGGAAAAACCUAGGAAGAAGAAGAAAUGUCAUAAGAAACAUAAGACUAACAUAUAAGUAUUAACAUACAAUUCAGUUAUUGUCCAAUGAAACUCAGACCUGUGCCCAAACCCCCCAAAAAUAUAUACAAUGUAAAAUCUUCCAAACAUUUAUUUGUCCAGACUUCCAUUGUCUUCUGAGGCCAUGGUAAGAGGCAGCUAAAUAGACUGUGGUUGAUGUGUUGUGAGAUGAGAGUUCCACUCUUCUAAUAGUUUGAAACAAUAUACAGCAGAGGUGUCAAACUCAUUCCACAGAGGGCCUAGAGUCUGCAGGUUAGACAACCAGUGGAGGGGAGUUCCUUACUAAUUAUUGACCUUAUUGUAUCAAUUAAGUACAAGGGAGGAGCAAAACCCGCAGACACUCGGCCGUCCUUGGAACGAGUUUGACACGUGAUAUAGUAUAUCUGGUUCUUCUUUAUGUACAUUACAAUUACGGUUGGCUCUCUUCUUCACUAUUACAUGUACAUUUCACCUUAAUAACAUUUGAAAUAAAGAUUAAGCCAAUACAUUUAUCUGGGGCGGCAGGGUAGCCUAGUGGUUAGAGCAUUGGACUAGUAAUCGGAAGGUUACAAGGUAAAAUCCCCGAGCUGCCCCUGAACAGGCAGUUAACCCACUGUUCCAAGGCCGUCAUUGAAAAUAAGAAUUUGUUCUUAACUGACUUGCCUAGUAAAAUAAAGGUAUAAAAAAUAAAAAAAUAAAAAAUGUACAUCUUCAUCAACUGAACCGACUAGGCUAGAGUGAGAGCUAGAGUUGCUUGAGAGAGAGCGUGAGAAGCAACCAGUAAGUUCCCCCUCUGCUGGAAGCAACACUGUCAUUCCAAUACACAGUCUGAUGUUUUGAGUACAAUUGCAACUGCAUGUUUAAUAGAGAAGACAAAUGUGACACUACCUUGCAGUUGAAAACGUGAUGGUUACUGGUAACUUACUGCUUACUUGGCACUAUUUGAUGAUUUGUUUCCCACCCAAAGAAUAUUGCAACUUCUAACUCAUAACUAAACCCACAGUCAGUAACUCCUAGAGGGUUAAAUGUAAUGGUUCUACUGGAAAUAAAACAUCACAUUAAUGUUGUCUUCCAAAUGACCAGAUCCUCCCUCUUGAAAUGUAUCUAUUCAAAGAUUUGGGGUUUAUAAUCGUUUUCUGUGUUGAAACAGGAAAUAAGUUUAAAAAAGGUCAUACAGCAGAGUUUCUAAAAGUUUCUCUUGAAAGGUAAGUCAAAAACAACUAGAUAUGUCCAGCAGACACACAGAUAUUAUUAAUUGUAAUGCAUACAUUAUGAUCCAUAAGAAAAUAGCCGAUGCAUUAAAUCAGGUACUGCAUAACAGGAUUUUCUGAGUGCUCUUGAGAAUGGAAUAUGAAAAACAACUCAGACACAUGCCUACAUGAUGAAGUCAGGUAAGAGCUUUAGGCAUACAGUGCAGAUAAAGGGUGUAUUGUUCUGUCACAUAGGUCAUCAGACCACACAGGUGACUUCUCUGUCUGGUCUAACAUGGGCUGACUGGGCUGGGUCAAAGUUUCUACAAACAAUGAGUUGGCCUUUAUCCUCCUUUUAUGGUGUAGGAAAAUGUAGAGUAGUUAUUUUCCAGGGUUGUGAAUGGAAUCUCAAAUGCAUACUUCCUUUUUUGAUUAUGGACCAUACAGUGGCUCUAUAGACAGUAGAUAAUAGACAGUGCACUAUAAUAGUAUUUAUGACAGUGUAAAGCUCACCGCGAUUACCAGCCUUUUUGCCCUUGAUGUCAUCAACAACCCUUAGAAAAGAAGAUCCAUCCAUUGGCAGAAAUCUAUACAGAAAAUAAGAAGAAACUGCUGAUU